GCCCCGCCUCCCGGCCGUGUUGUCAAACGGGCGGGGGUCUCGGAUUGGUCCAGCCGCCGGGACAACACCUGCUCGACUCCUUCAUUCAAGUGACACCAGAGCUUCCAGGGAUAUUUGAGGCACCAUCCCUGCCACUGCUGGGCACUCGCGGCGCUGCUAACGGCCUGGUCACAUGCUCUCCGGAGAGCUACGGGAGGGCGCUGGGUAACCUCUAUCCGAGCCGCGGCCGCGAGGAGGGAAAAGGCGAGCGAGGAGGAAGAGUGGGAGGAGGAGAGGAAGCGGCGAAGAAGGAGGAAGAGGAGGAAGGGAGCACAAAGAAUCCAGGUCUCCGGGCGGGAGGUUUACACCAAGAACCAUGUGUGUCGAGCGGCUGGGGCACUUCGUGACCCUGGCUUUGGUGUUGGCCACCUUCGACCUGGCGCGAGGGACCGACGCCACCAACCCGCCCGAAGGUCCCCAAGACAGGGGCUCUCAGCAGAAAGGCCGUCUGUCCUUGCAGAACACAGCGGAAAUCCAGCACUGUCUGGUGAACGCUGGCGAUGUGGGGUGUGGCGUGUUUGAAUGUUUCGAGAACAACUCUUGUGAGAUUCGGGGCUUACAUGGGAUUUGCAUGACGUUUCUGCACAACGCUGGAAAAUUUGAUGCCCAGGGCAAGUCAUUCAUCAAAGAUGCCUUGAAGUGUAAGGCUCACGCUCUGCGGCACAGAUUCAGCUGCAUAAGCCGGAAGUGUCCAGCCAUCAAGGAGAUGGUGUUCCAGCUACAGCGGGAGUGCUACCUCAAACACGACCUGUGCUCUGCCGCCCAGGAGAACACGCAGGUGAUGGUGGAGAUGAUUCACUUCAAGGACUUACUGCUGCACGAACCUUACGUGGACCUGGCGAACCUGCUGCUGACCUGCGGCGAGGAGGUGAAGGAGGCCAUCACCCACAGCGUCCAGGCUCAGUGCGAGCAGAGCUGGGGCAGCCUGUGCUCCAUCUUGAGCUUCUGCACCUCGGCCAUCCAGAGGCCCCCCACGGUGCCUCCUGAGCGCCAGCUCCAGGGGGACAGAGCCAAGCCUUCCAGGGCCCACCACGGGGAAGCGGGUCACCACCUCUCGGAGCCCAGCAGUCGAGAGACAGGCCGAGGUGCCAAGGGCGAGCGAGGUAGCAGGAGCCAUCCACACGCCCACGCCCGGGGCAGAGCUGCGGGCCACGGGGCCCAGGGAACUUCUGGAAGCAGCGAGUGGGAGGAUGAUCAGUCUGAGUAUUCCGACAUCCGGAGGUGAAAUGAAAGGCCCGGCCGGGAAGUCUUUCCUCCACCACCGUCCAUUUUCUUCUCUAUGGACAUUCCAAAACAUUUGCCAUUAAAGAGGGGGGAUGUCACACGCAGGAUUUGAUGGGGAUUGCGGACUUGACGAAGGUGUAUGUUAGCGACACGAACAGGUGAGGCGGAGGCUCCCUGGGCAGCAGCGAGGGCUCGGUUGUGCCCGGCGGGUCCCGCCCCUGCACAUCCUAACGCGAGGGAGCUCCCGGCCUCCCUGCAACUUUGCCUUCUUUCCAUCCGUGGAGCCUCUGGGCGGCGGCCUGCGGUUCACUCUGCUGUGGGAGGUGACGGGGAGGGGCGGGGGUCAGCAGGCUCCCCGGGGGCUGGACCGGGCACUUGGUGCCGGCCCGCCCGCAGCUUCUGGUGCUGCCUUGGCGGAGGGCAGCUGGAUUCCAGUGCAGGAGUGGGUGUGAACAUCUCCCUGGGAAUCGGGAGAAGGGUGGAGAGGAGGCAGGGGGCCGUGUGGGUACUUGGUGCCAAACCGAAAUCCAGUUUCUUGCAUGGGACCUUGCGGUUUGGAGUGACUUGGGACGGGGAGGGCGAGGGUUCAAAGUGUAAUUUCUGAGCCAUUGUUCUGUCUGGGGGACCCUGUCCGAGGGAGUGGCCCCUGUGUGUUUGUAUUUUAACCACUGCUUCAAGUCUCAAUUUCACUUUUUUAUUUAUCCAGUUCCAUCUACAUAUCUGUCGUCUAAAUAAAUAGCUUUCAAACAAA